UGCUCGAUCUAAAAGGAGCAACCAUUCAAAAAAUGACCCUGCUGCUGGAGGGGAGUUGGUAGAGCAGCGGCUGCUGAUGCUAACAGGAGCAAGGUGGCAGCUGCUGGGCAUAAAAGUGAUGGAGCUGAAGGGCUGCCGGCUGGACCAUGAAGUCGAGCGGGGGUGCUGUAUCCGAUCUGGAGGAGCUGGAGAGUGGCAGCAGCGAGAGCAGCUCGGGCCGCUCCCUGCCCGGGACCGGGGCCCAAAGCAAACGCAAACGAAAGGGCCCUCGGCUGAGUGGUCACAACAAACAGAGGCAGGCAGCCAAUGCUCGGGAAAGGGACCGAACCCACAGCGUCAACACCGCUUUCAGCGCCCUCCGCACACUCAUCCCAACAGAGCCUGCAGACCGUAAGCUGUCCAAGAUCGAAACCCUGCGCCUGGCCUCGAGCUACAUCUCGCACUUGGCGAAUAUGCUGCUCCUACAGCAGCAGCAACAGCAAUCUGGUGGGAAUUUGGCUGAAGAGGCCUUGCUUGUGAGGCAGCCCUGCCUGCAGUAUCAGCCUCUCCUGCAGGGAAGCCCUGCCUCAGGGAGCCCAAGAUCCAUCUGCACCUUCUGUCUGAGCAACCAGAGGAGACUGCACAGAGAACGGGACAAACACCUGUCACUUUAAAAUUUUUAUGGAAGUUGAUUCAGAUGAGCUGCUUGUGUAAAUGCUGGACUGGUUACAGAACAGCUCUAGCAGACCGGUUCCAAGGGCUUUUUUGCAGAUGAAAUUGAACACGGUGAGGAAAGUUGCACCUGGCGCGGCAGCUAUUUUCGUGCAAGAAAUGCUAACCCUAAGCAGCCAAGCUCUGAUACCGAUGCCUCCCAAACUGAUGUCACAUGAUGGAACUUGAGCUUCCCAACAUCCAGCAUCUCCUUAUCGUGGAGAUUUCAAGUGCAUCAGAGCUUCUAACCACAACUGAACACACCAAGGAAUGGCAUGUUUCUCUCUUUUUUCUUUUUUUUUCAAAGGCUCCCUGGUUUCUGCCAACAAGCCCAAAGGUUUCCACUGAGAUGGAAGGUCUGUACCCAAAUGGUAGCAAGAAUGCACAUGGGGUCCCAGUUUUUCCAAUCUCAAUGCAAAAAUGAUGCUCCCUUAGGUCAAUCUUCUGAUCCUAGGAAACAAUUAGUUCCUACUUAAGCAUAUAAUCCUGUUCUCUCUAGCUAACGUGUUUCCCCAAAAAUAAGACUGGGUCUUAUAUUAAUUUUUGCUCCAAAAGACACAUUAGGGCUUAUUUUCUGGUUAGGUCUUAUUUUGGGGGAAAUAUGGUACUAAAUGCAUCCAUCUGGCUGACAAUCUUUACUGGGGCUUAUUUUGGGGGUAGGGCUUAUAUUACGAGCAUCCUGAAAAAAUCAUGCUAGGACUUAUUUUCCAGUUGGCUCUUAUUUUGGGGAAAAACUGGGUAAGUACUCCAAACAUCUCUGGAAAGCAUCAGGUUGGGAAAAGUCUGCCCUAGCCAGUCACUGUGUUACAAUGUGCCAAAAAAACAACAACCCCCGUGUCUUUUCUUGUUAUGGGUGAUCACAAACUCAGAGUAUUGAUUUCAUAUGAUGAAAAUGGAGCUAGCCAGCAUGAUUUUCUUUAGGUUAACUGUGAGUCAUAUACAGGCAGCCCUUGAUUUACAAUAGUAUGUUUAGUGAAUGUGCGAAGUUACAACGGCACUGAAAAAGUGACUUAUGACCCUUUUUAAACACUUACAACCAUUUUUAGCAUCUCCAUGGUCACACGAUCAAAAUUCAGAUGCUUGGCAACUGGCUCCUAUUUAUGACGGUAGCAGUGUCCCGGGGUCUUGCGAUCACCUUUUGUGACUUUCUGACAGGCAAAUUUACUGGGGAAGCUAGAUUCACUUAAAAACCAGGUUGCUAAUUUUACAACUGUGACGAGAAAGGUCAUAAAACAAGGCAAAACUCACUUAACAACCAUUUCACUCAGCAAGAGAAAAUGUGGGUUCAAUUCUGGUCCUAAAUCAAGGACUUCCUGUGCCUUCAGAUUGUUAUCUAAGAGACAAAGAACUGCAUUGUAAAGCAGUGGAGAAAGGGAAGUAAAUUGCUUUUGGAGAGCAUAAUUUAGAAAAUGAUUUUUAGAGUUAGGGUUAUAUGAUACACUGGCCAUGGUGAUCAGAAGGAACCUUCUCCCUUCUCUCUUCUCCAGCCUUGUCCUUUGGGAAAUGUUACAUAAUAAGGUUUCCUCUCCCCCCCCCCAUUAAUGGUAGGAGAAACUGGAUAUAUAAUGACUCCAUGGCUAGUUCUGAGCAACUACUUGACCCAUAUACAAAAUUUGGCAUGAAGAUCUGAAGAUCAGUAGCAGACAUAACAUCCAGGAUUGACACAGAUAUAGUUGAAAAGCGAGAGCUGUUCUGUGAAGCUGAGACAUGAUGUUGAGGCAGUGGUGAAAUCCUCCCAGAUUGCCACCGAUUCACUGCCUGUGCAUGUGUAGUGCGCGCCAAAAGCAUGCUGCAUCCGCAUGCAUGCACAGUGCGUGCCAAAUGCACACUGCGUGCACGCAUACUCAAUGCCUGCCAAAUGCGUGCUUCGCACGGUAAAAGGAGGCUUAACAAGGUAAGUAGAACAGCGAGGGGGGGACAGCUGUGCCGCGCAAUUUAGAUUUGCUAGAAAGCAGGAUUUAAAAGCAGCGAAUAUAAACUGCACAGCACAGCUGAUCGUCAGAAAUACCAGUUCAGAUGGAUCGGUAGCUUUUUUUACUACCAGUUUGCCCGAACCGGUAGCUUUUAUCACUACCGGUUCACCCAAACUGGUGCGAACCGGUAGCAUUUCACCCCUGUGUUGAGGUCUUCCUUAUAGAGAUAUGAUAGUAGCGAAACUAUAAACAAAGCUGAUAUUGCAGUAUCCAAUUGGGUCAGUUACCAGGAGGUGUAGUCUUCUGAGUUUUUGGACUCAAGCUGAGUUUUUGGACCCAUCCUCAGGGUAGGUCAAGAAGUAGACACACCUGAGGAUGGGCUCUAGCAUGAGUCUGAAAGCUCAGAAGACUAAACCUCCAGUCCCUGAGACCAACUCAGAUUAGAUCCCACAACAGUAUUCAAUUACAUGAGUGGGGUUUUUUUUCACUAUCAGCAGCAGAAUGAUAAGAUAUGGGUUUCAUCUACCCAAGAGAGAGAUUAUUUAUGCAAAUUAGAUUAUUUAUUGGCUUGUAUAUUGAAUCUUUCCAGGGCUAGGAGAAACUUCUGGAAAUUAGCCAUACAAGAAUAAAGUGUGACCAUUUCUAAUAGCAAUUCCCUCCCUCCCCCUAUAAAAAAAACCCCGUAGUGCCUCACGCUUGGGUCCCUACAAUAAUUUUUCCAGGAGAUGGAACAAAAUAUAUGCAUUUACAAUACUUGCUGUGUCCUAGAGUCAGUUGAUCCCAUUUGCGACCUUCCCAACUGACAUCUGACAAGCAAAGUCAAUGAGGAAAGCCAGAUUCACUUAACAACCAUGUGGUUCACUUAACAACUGCGGAGAUUUGCUUAAUAUUCAUGGCAAAAAUGGUUGUAAAAUCGGGUGUGACCCACUGAACAACUGUUUUGCUUAGCAAUGAAAAUUGUGAUCUCAAUUGUAGUUAUAAAUCGAGGACUAUCUGUAUAAUACGUUCCCCCUUUCUUCCACUCAUUUUUUCCCUUAUUGAAGUUCCUAUUAAAAUCCUCUACAUUAUCCACUCAAAAGCUCUGCCCCAGUUUGUUUGGCUCCAGCCCUAUGUAAGAAGAGAUCUCUGCUCUUACCCAUUCUUUACAUCACCCUGGCUACCUUGUGCCCACUGUAGCACUGCAGUAGAAAGAGGUGAGAAUGAGUCCAUUGCAGGUGAGCCAAUAAUGUCCUGAUUAUCCUUCAGAGAUGAUGAUCUCAUGGGCAUCUGUGCUUUUGUCCCCAUGCCAUUCUGGUAGUGGAAAAGGUCAGAGCUUCUCUCCCCCUCUGUAAUGCAUCCCCGGCUCUCUACCCCUUUCCCACCCUGAUAAAAAGCCACUGACUUUGCUAGCCUUCUUCUGUAGGAGAUAUUUUAUAUGGGGAAAUAUUUAAAUUUUGAUACUUGUCUCCAUAUGCAUGAUGACAUGUCCAGGCCAGGAAUGGAUAAAUUAAUGAAAUAGAAUUCUAAUAGCCUUUUUAAAAGGCCCUGGUUCCCUUCUAAUAUAUGGGCACUUCACUCUUACAGCUGAUUUAUGCAUUUCUAGCAGCUUAUAUAUCAAAUAUUAAGUUAUUGCUCCUACAGAUUUUCCAUUACUUGUGGCAGAAGCAAUAUGCACACCUUUUUGAGUCUUGGCCACAGAUGCACAGGAAAGCCUCUCUCCAAUAGGUAGGCCUACAAAAAGGCAUACAAAUUUAGUAAAUAAAUAAAUAAAAUAACUAGGCACCUUCAUACUGAAAUGAGCCAAGCAUGUCAGAGUCCUCCUUGCAAGAAAGCUACAUUUAGUUGAGCCCAAGACUUGUAUCGCAGAUCCCUUGACAAACAGGCUUAUGGAGUAGCUCUUGUGGAAGAUGUCUUUUUCCAGAAAGUUCAGUUGCCUUUUGAAAAAGCACCUCUGGGUCUUGUGGAAGAUAUAGCCUAGGGGUCAGCAACCUGCGGCUCUGGAGCCGCAUGUGGCUCUUUCAUCCCUCUGCUGCAGCUCCCUGUUGCUGGUCAGCUUCACAAUUGAUAGGACUUUUGGUUAGGACAGGUAGAAGAUAAAGGAAGCCAUGCUAGGAGGAGACUAUGAUGGGGGUCAGCUCCAGAACUGAAUGGGGGCUUCCGGUUAGGACCUUUGUGGUUCUUUGAAUGUUUAAGGUUGCCAACCCCUGAUAUAGCCAGACAGGAGAGGGCUCCUAGGUUUGAAAUUGGAGAAGGGCUACACGGUCAUGAUUCUUGAAAGAGUGUAGGAUCUUUCUAAAUUAGUUCAUCAUUGAAGUGUGGAGCUGAAAAAGUUCCCAAGGGCCCUUUAUCUUUGCUCCUAGGUUUCUCCCACAUGGUCGCUAUACAUUAUAUUUGAUGUCAUCUCUUUGCCGUCUUCAUUUUGAAUUAGACUAAAUCUGUGAAAGAGGUUUUACGUUUUCAAAUACAGGCAGAAUAAACCAAAAUAAAAUGGAAAUUAUUAGAGAAGGAAGUUGUGAAAAGAGCCUCUGAAUAUAUGUAGGGCAUAUGUACACGCAGAGCAGUGAUGUUUGGAUUCCUUUAAUAUAUUUCAAAUCUGGUUUCUUACUUCAGUCAAAAGUAACAAUCCCCCAAUUACAGUUUCACAGCAUUUGUUAAUUUUUAAUUGUCUCGAUCAAUACUUUACAAGUGGAUUCUUGUAAAAGUAAUAUACUGUGACAUAUAUUAAAAAUCUAAUUGAAUAUUUAUUGUUCCUGUUUCCAAAGAACAAUAUAAAAGAGAGAUUAUUUUUAACUUUUAAAAAAAACUGAAGCGAAUAACAUGCAUUCAAAUUUCUCUGACUAUUUCCAUAUCAUUAUAUUAAAUAAAUCACCAAUCUUGAAAACUAGAUCUACAACCUACAUCCACACAUACAUAAUGGCCUCAUUACUCAACUGAGAAUAGAAUAGAAUAGAAUAGAAUAGAAUAGAAUAGAAUAGAAUAGAAUAGAAUAGAAUAGAAUAGAAUAGAAUAGAAUAGAAUUCUUUAUUGGUGUGAUUGGACACACACCAGUGUUGUGUCUCAAAUACGCAGUCAGGACAUUUGUGUGAUAUUGUCACACCCAUAGCUCCCUGAACCAUUAGAUGAUCAUGAUGACACCCUAAUUUUUAUUUCAGAAAGUUAAUUAUUUUUUGCCCUCCACCACAGUGGUGGGAUUCAGCCAGUUUGCACCACUUCGGGAGAACCAGUUGUUAACUUUCUGAGCAGUUUGGCAAACUUGUUGUUGGAAGAAAUCAUUAGGGCAGAGAACCGGUUGUUAAAUUAGUUGAAUCCCACCACUGCUCCACCAUCCUCCAUGUUCUGUUGGACAUGUAGCUGCCUUAUGUGAUACUCAGUAAGUUUGUUGACCACCACACAAUGUAACUUGUGAUGUCUAUAUACUUAUGAUGAAGUCAGUUAGAAUUGGUGGACAAAAGUAGACCUGCUCUGUUUAGCUUUCUACUUAGGGGGCAGAUUUCUCAUCUAGCAAAUGUUCUGUUGCCUGAGACUAGACUAGAGGUUGAAUAUACUUUCUAAGAUGUGCAAAGUACCAAAUAGAACAUGGACACUUUGGCAAGGAUAUACCUCUAUUUGUUACUCAGCAGGAUCUAAGCCAAAAAUCAUUUUGAUAUCUAUAAGUCACCACAAUGAGAACAAAGGAAAAUAGCUAUUAUAUGGAACAUACUUUUGCCCACCAAUUCAAACAAUCAAAUUCUUGUCAAAUAUCUCUUUUUAUGUGUAUAUGGGAGUAGUUUUCAACAUCAUAGGGUGAUCAUAAUGCGAGAGAUUAGGAUUCUUAUAUGUUUAGAAACUCUCUUUGAUCACUAUGAAAUAGGAAGUAUGAGGGAAUAUAUUAAGGCAUAACCUAGUUCUGUUUCCUUCACCUUUAAUCUUAACAUGAUGAGCUCAAAGACAGAAAGGAUGAAGGUGGAAUCUACGUUCUUAUCUUGCUUCCAGUCUUCCUAUUAUCAUGUCUCAAAAGGGUGACAAUUUUGAAAGAAAACAGUUGUUCUGUAGAUGUAAAUGGCACUCUGUUCAAAAGUGGCAAAGGUUACAGGUUUGGCUUCAGUUUGCCUUGGUAGAAUGCUUCUUGACAGGGAAGUCAUACCAUCCUCCUCACCAAGGAAGAGAAAUGAUCCCAUGAGGUUCUUCAUGUGAUAUAACUAGCCUAUAGUUAGAAGAGGCUUUCCCAUCUGUCGCAGAUGGAAUCUGUGUGGCAAAACAUAGCUUGUUUGCUUUGCAUUUAAGGGAGGGGGGGUUGUAGACACACACAUUAUUUUGUGUUCCACUUUCAGUGCAGUGAGCCAACUGAAUCACUAACAGGUCACCCUUUUAGAAACUUUUGCCAUCCAAUUGGUAAGGCUAAAAUAAGCUUUUACAGUUACUGCAAUAUGCAUUGCUUGAAUCGGUCUAAAAAUGAGGAGCCUUUAAUUACAAUACAUUUUUGUCUUUCACGUAUUCUCAGCAUUUAACAAUGUCUUGUUAGUUACAGUCUUCCAAAGAAACAAUGUCUGUAUUUUAAAAUCCUCUCUUCUGUGAUACAACUUUAUUCUGAUAACUGCUGGCAAAAAUGAAAUGUUGGUAUUAUCUUAAUCCAAUUUGGAUUGUGUUCACCUAACUGAAAAAUGUACAAUCUGGCUCAUAGCUUCUACGUGCAGGGUGGGUAUAGGAAUUUUUUUUUAAAGAAAAGGCAAGAGAGUUUUAUUAAUUAAAAUCUCCCCUGGGCUUAGGAGAUGAUAUUUUUAAAAAGGUAAGAAGUUAAAGGAAGUAUGAGGCAACCUUCUCAAAGCACGUAUUCGUCGCCAUGAAUUUUAGAUCUACAUUGAACAUAAUUGAACAUAUUUUACAAUUUGCUGUUCUACGUGAGGGAGGGUAGAUGUUGUAGUGCCAUAGAAUCUGUGUGUGUUUUAUCAAAAAUGAAGUCACAUACAAAGUCUUCCAGCUCUCAGUUUGAAUAUGGAGGUCUGUUAUCUAAGAGUAUAACAUUUUAGGAUAUCUCCCUGCAUCACAGCUUUGCUGUAAUGAAUGAAGCCGUAAAACACAAUGUUGUCUUGAAGAAGAGAAAAUCUAAAAGAUUAUGUCCUCUAGUGCUUGUCUUCAUCUAAGUGCUUUCAUUUUAAACUUUCUUCAGUGAACAUAUAAAAACAGAAUUGAACAUCCUCUUAUAAAUAGACAUUAACAGAAUAUAUUGUGUUCUGAGGGGUAAGUGUAUUAAUUUUCACACCCACCCCCUUUUUCAUCUAUUUUUAUUUAUUUUAGACCUCAUUUGAAAGCACAUUGGAGCCAAUUAACCAAGAAUGUUUUUGAAUAAUAUGUUAUUACAAUAUUAUUACCUGGCUCCUACAAAUUAGAAAAAAGGACUGUGUUUUUAACAUGUUGUAUGAGUUUUCAAACGUACUAUAUGAUUUCUUUGUAAUUGUUCAGUGAAUUACUUGUAUCCCGCCUCAAUGAAAACCUCUGGCAUUUAUUAUACUUUUAGCAUUAAUUAUAAAACCUGCAUUAAAAAUGAAAUUUGUUUGUAUUCUAAUUUGAUAAUGUAUCUUAAAUUAAAAUGUAUUUUUGUAACAUAGAUUAAUAUUAAAGUCAUUUUUAAGACUGGUUUUUUCCGCAUAUUCACUUUGAUGUUGGAAAAGUUUUAUUAGCUAGAAUUCAGAGAGUGAAGUACUGUGGUUAUGUAUGUUACUAUCAUUACUAUCUACUGGAAGAAAGGGGGGAAAAUGAUUCACAAAAUCUCCUUAUUCUCACACAAGGUGUGAGUUUUGGGGGUCAGCAGGAAGGAAGGUGUCUUUAGUUUCAUGCGUCAAGUAGAGCUAUUUGAAGAUCUUCAAGGCCUCUUUGCAUUUCCCUGAAGGAAAACAAAUAAUUGUGGGAAAGGUUCUUGCAAGUUAGAAAAGUUACAAUAAUGGAGAAGACCAUAAGAUAAUGGAUAAUCAGCAGUACAGGUAGCCCUCGACUUAUGAUCACCAUUAAGCCCAAGAUUUCUGUUACUAAGUGAGAUAGCUGUUUUGCCCCAUUUUUCAACCUUUGUUUUGUUCUUAAGUGAAUUACUGCAGUUGUUAAGUGUAACAUGGUUAGUAACAUGGUUGUUAAAUGAAUCCAGUUUCUUCAUUGACUUUGCUUGUCAGAAGGUCACAAAAGAUAAUCACAUGACCCCAGGACACUGCAACCGUCAUGAGUUGGUUGCCAAGGUUUGAUCUGAAUUUUGGUCAUGUGACCAUUGUAAGUAUGAAAAACAGUCAUAAGUCAUUUCUUCAGUGCCAUUGUUGGCAAGCUCCAGAUCACCAAUCAAACAAUUACAAUCAAAUGGAUGUAUUGUCCUUAUUGGGUGCACUAUUAAUGCUUUCAGGUGUUUAAUCUGAUUUUUUUUAAUGGAGCACUUUUAUUAUUUUGAUUGAGGUGACAGGUGUACAAAGGAUGCCAAACAAAUAAAUAAGUAAAAAUCAGCAUUAAGCACCAAGACUAUAUGGGAUAUCCUUGAAACAGUUAAAGGUUGAUAUUGUAAUCACUAAGAGUUGAACAUAGCCUGAUAUUCCUUAUCACUAGAGUCAAAAUUUUAGGGGGUAGGAAAUAAGUCACUAAAAAUGUGAAAGAUCAGAGCCUUGAUCCAAGCAUCCUAUCCUUCCUCAGAUGGCUUAAAUUAUAUUUUGUAAGCACAUGACCUUCCAUAUUCACUUAACUUGUUGGAUGCCUUUUUUUUCCUUAUCAACACAACUGUGUGCCCCAAUACUUCCACUCACAAUUGCUAUCAUAGGCCAACCCUGACACUUUAAUCAAAAGGCUGCACUCAUUGAGCUGGCCUAAUAAAGAACAAUGAUGUCAAAUGAAAACAUUUGCCUCAGGGAAAGGCCAGGCAGUUUUCAGAUGAGAUGGGAUGAGGCAGCUGUGGCUCCACCUGAAAGAGGACUUUGAAGAUGAGCCUUCGGAGGCAAGAAACGUAAUGUCCAGAAUGAGGAGCAGCAAAGGCACAUGGGCACGGAGCCAAUAAAGCAAAUGCAAAACCCUCCAGGCAUCAGAAAACAUUUUCUAAAUGGAUGGAGGCAUCGAUAAACAGACUCAUGAAAAAUGCCCUUUCGUCUAUUUUAUAUGUAUAUGCUGUCUCAUUUUCUCAAGGAGGGACACACACACACACACAAAUACAAGAACUCUUAAUAUAUAGAACAUAACCUGCAUCGGGACUAAACUUAAACCUGUAGUUAAGCGACUAUCUACCAUCAAAAAGUUGCUUUUACACUUUAGAGACACAACUACUUCUCAUCUUUUUACUUACUGAAACCAAAAGGAGGGGUUUUUUUUAAUCCUGCUAAUUGCUAGCAGAGGAGUAAGGAAUUGUUAUCUGGAUUACAGUCACAGAAAACAACUAUUUACAGUACAGGUAGUCCUCAACAUACAGCCAAAAUGGAGCCCAAAGUUUCUGUUGCUGAGACAGUUGCUAAAUGAAUUUUGCCCCAUUUUACCACCUUCUGCAAUUGGUAAGUGAACCACUGCAGUUGUUAAGUUUCCCCAUUGAUUUUGCUUGUCAGAAGGUCAUGGUGGAUCCCAUGACCCCAGGACACUGCAACCAUCAUAAAUAUGAGCCAAUUGCCAAGUGUCCAGAUUUUUUUUUUUAAUUGAAAAAGUUUUACAACAACAAUUAAAUUUUCCCCUCCCC